AAUCAAUGAAAAUAAUUCUUCUUCAUGGUAUGGAGCCUAACCAAAAACCCUAAUUCUCCCUCUCUGACUUUCGGCCUCCCUCCUCCCUCGCCGAGACACCAGCGCCGCCGCCACUCUCCCUCUCUCUAGCACGGCCGGCCACCCCUCCUCUCUCUACCAUGGCUGAAAGCGAGAUCACCUCUCAAUCUACCACCCAAAAAUCUCCACAUCUGGCUUUCUCUGUUUCUAAUGUCAAAUUACAUGUCCCUAUUCAACUCAGUUUUUCUCAACCAAAUUACAAGAAGUGGAGCCGCUUAUUCCUCCUCCUUGCCCGGCGGUUCACCCUCCACGGCUACCUUGACGGGUCUAUUGUCCCUAUCUCAAAAGAUGAUGAUGAAUGGUACCAACUUGACGCCAUUCUCCAAGGCUGGAUUCUUUCCACUAUUACUGAUGAAGUCUCUGAUCUGGUUCUGACCUCCGCCUCCUCUGCCUCUGCUCUCUGGAAGAUGAUUCAUGAUCUGUUUCACGACAACAAGCAUGCUCGCGCCAUGCAGCUCGAGCACCAAUUCCGUACCACAGUCAAGGGAUCCACCCCUAUGGCCUCUUAUGGUCAAGAACUCCGGAAUAUUGCGGAUUGGCUGGACGACGUCGAUGCCAUCGUUUCAGAGCACCAAUUGAUUCUUCAGAUGUUACGCGGCCUCCCCGAAUAUCUCCAGGCUCAGACCUCGUUCCUCCAAUUUCAAGAUCCCAUGCCGAGUUUUCUCCAGGUCCGGUCGGCCCUCCUCCUCCUUGACCGACAACGGACCCCCCUGGGCAGCACCAGCAGCACGGCGCUGCUGGCGGGGCAUGGCGGCAGCAGCUACGCAGGCGGACAGCGCGGCGGGACUGGCGGGCGCGGCUCUCCUCACGGCAGCAACUCCGGCGGUGUGGGACAAUUUUUUGGCAGCAACUAUGGUGAUGGUUCCUCCUCCGGGCAGCGUGGUGGCUUUGGACGCGGACAAGGGCGCGGAAACGGCAACCGGGGUCGUGGUCGAGGGCGCCAAAACAGCGCCUGGGGCAUCUCGUGUGCAUUGCCGGUGCAUUUCCUGGAAGAGGUGGUUCGGGCUCUCCGCGGGAUGCGUAGUGGGAGAGCUUUGGGACCAGAUGAGAUUCCGGUGGAGUUUUGGAAGCAUGCAGGUCGUGGUGCACGGGUUUGGUUAACCAAACUCUUCAAUGUUAUCCUCCGGACAGUAUGGAUGCCUGAUGAGUGGAGGGAAAGUCUCUUGGUCCCUCUGUUUAAAGGGAAAUGUGACAUUGAGAGCUGCGAGAAUUACAGAGGCAUCAAACUGCUUAGCCACACCAUGAAAGUUUGGGAGCGAAUCAUUGAGUAUAGAGUGCGGAAAGGGGUUUGCAUCUCUGAGAACCAGUUUGGUUUCAUGCCUGGCAAAUCAACUACAGAGGCCAUUCAUCUCGUGAGGAGGGUGCCAAGGGAGGUCUUAUGGAGGUGCCUUGAGGCGAGAGGAGUUCCCAUCGUAUACACUCGCGCGAUCAAGGAUAUGUACGAUGGGGCUAUGACCAAGUGCAUGCUUUUCGCGGAUGAUAUUGUGCUUAUCGACGACACACGUGAGGGACUAAACGAUAAGUUGGAAUUAUGGCGCCUUGCCCUUGAGACUAAAGGAUUCAGAAUAAGUAGGAACAAGACUGAAUACAUGGAGUGUCGUUUCAGUGGCCGGGAUACAGAAUCAGAGGUGGAAGUCAGGAUUGACUCUCACCUAGUACCUAAGGUAGACAGGUUUCGAUAUCUUGGUUCGGUAAUCCAGGCGGAUGGGGAGUUAGAUGCAGAUGUUGGACAUCGUGUUGGAGUGGCUUGGGCCAAAUGGCGGUUAGCUUCAGGGGUGUUGUGUGAUCCGAAGAUUUCGCCUAGAAUGAAAGGCAUGGCACCGGUGGAAGAUAAGUUGCGGGAAGCGAGGUUGAGAUGGUUUGGCUAUGUAAGAUGGCAGGAUGCUGACGCCCCUGUACGGAGAUGCGAGAGGAUUACAGUUAUCGGGGGAAGUAGGGAAAGGUGUAGACCUAUGAAGAAUUGGAAGGAGGUGAUUAGGCAGGAUUUAGGACUUCUCGACCUGACUGAGGAUAUGACUCUAGAUAGGAACCUUUGGAAAACUAGAAUUAGAGUAGCUGGAUAGGAGCUCGGUGUUGUAGAGGUGGAGCCGGGGGUCUCUUGGAAACAGCCUCCCUACUCCCGAGUAGGGGCAAGGAUUUUUAUAAUAUAAUAAUAUUAUAUUAUCAAACCCAUUACUCUUAAUCCUUGGCCGCACUCUUUAAAUACGGAAUAUAUACUGCGCCUCGCAUUCCCAUCUCAAUUGGGCAUCACGACUCUUCUUCUUCUCCAUUGGCGACAAAACCAAGGGAGUUUGUCGAUCAAGCAACCUGAGACGUCGCCGGAAAAGAGGACUUCGCCGGAGCUUCCACCGGAAUCUAGGUGGGGAUUAUUUGUGAUUUCUUCAUCAAUUCCAUUGAGGUAGGGAUCAAGGAUUUGAUGAGGAGCAGCCUGAAGGACAGUGAAGCGUGACGUCAGUGGAUGACCGAAGCUGUUAUAUUUUAAUUAAAUAAGUUUGUUGGAU